GUGUAAUCAAAUAAUAUAAGGCGGGAUUAUUAAUCGGUGUGGCUCGUCAUUACUGAAUUCGUAUGGAUAUAAUAUCUCAAGAGAUUUCAAAUACUCCUCCUGUCACGUCUGCAUACAUAUCAACGUGUUUUCUACUAACAGUUGCAGUUCAACUCAACCUUAUUUCGCCUUUUCAAUUAUACUUCAAUCCGUCGUUAAUAGCGAACAACUUUCAGUUAUGGAGGCUGGUUACAUCGUUUUGCUUCUUCGGAUCGUUUAAUUUCAGCUUUCUUUUUAAUAUUCUGUUCGCUUAUCGAUACUGUCGUAUGUUGGAAGAAACCUGGUACAGUACGAAAACUGCCGACUUCGUCAUGAUGUUUCUGUUUUGUGGAACCCUCACGAUAAUAAUCGCCUUGUUUGUUAACAUGUUGUUUCUCAGUCAUGUCUUGACAAUGAUGCUAGUCUACGUCUGGAGUAGAAGAAAUCCAUUAGUGAGGCUAAACAUAUUUGGGGUUAUAGAAGUAAAUGCUCCGUACCUUCCCUGGGUGUUCUUUGCGUUUUCUUUUCUUCUUGGGAAUAAUAUGGUGGUUGAUCUAAUUGGUAUAUUUGUUGGUCAUCUUUAUUAUUUCCUCGAAGACGUAUAUCCUAACCAAGUGAAUGGAUUCCGAAUACUCCGUACACCUGAAUUUAUGAAAUAUUUGUUCAAUAGACGACAAAUUAAUCGUGACUAUGAACCUCUUCCAGAAGUGGGAAGACCUGGAGGCUUCAAUUGGAAUGGUCGGGAGUGAUCUCACCGUACUAACAAAUAGUUUUCUAUCUUAUCUUUUUCCCACAUCCCUGAGUACCUGAUAAGGUUGUGUAAAGUUUCUUCACUUGAUUAUUUACUUUGGCUUAUUAUUUUUAUUGCAUGGUCUGUUUCAUUCUGUAAAUGUUCGUUAAGACUGCCUUAAACUUUCGAGAUUAUCUAAUCGCAUCGUUGCUACUUUUUAUAAAUUUAAAACAAUCAGAAUAAUGUUUUGGAUUUUUUCAAUAGUAACAGUCAGUUGUACGCAAUGUAGGUUUCAGCACAUGUGUACAUCAGCUAAACUGUCACGCCCCACCAUUAUGACGAGGUGAAAUUAUCGAAUCC